AUGCCUCUACCUGUAGAAGAGGAUGAACCGGCGGGACCUGGAGAUGUGCUCAUGGUCGAGGCGGUUUCCAUUCCCUCUCUCACGCCUUCGGCUAUUGCGCAGUCAACUGCACAGGACACAACGCUCUCAAGAGUGUAUCAAGGUGUACAGUCGGGUUACGUCUCAGAUUGGACCGGGAAAGAUUUCCUGCCCUUCAACGUAAGAAGGAACGAACUUUCUACUUACAAAGUUUGCCUACUUUGGGGUUCGCUUGUGGUUAUUCCCCUAGCGCUACAGUCGCAAGCUCUCACCCUGAUCCACGCUGGCCACAGAGCAAUGACAGCCAUGAAACACGCUGCACGAAGUUAUUUCUGGUGGCCACAACUCGACACCGCCAUCGAGAACGCCGUAAGCAGCUGCCACACGUGUCAGCGCUAUGCCAAGUCUCUGCCCAGACAACCACCACCACCGUGGUCUCGUGCUCGCGUCGCAUGGUCUGUCCUCCACAUGGAUAUCGCUGGACCGACUCACGGCCAAUCCUACCUUGUUGUAGUUGACGCCGUCACGAAGUGGCUCGAGGUGCGACCCGUGUCCACCGCAAAAAGCUCCGCCCUCAUCGACGCUCUACGCGCCAUCUUUGCCACUUUCGGAUUUCCGCAACUCGUGGUCAGCGAUAAUGGUACCGCCUUCGUUUCCAGCGAGAUCAAGUCGUUCUUCAGCCGCAAUGGUAUCGGCCACGUAACCAGCGCCCCAUAUCAUCCCUCUACAAACGGCCAGGCGGAGAGGAUGGUUCAGGAGUUAAAGCGGACGCUGAAGAAACACACCCAAGGAAGUAUUCAGUGUCGUCUAUCGAGAUUCCUCCUGAGCCAGCACACCACAGCGCAUGCGGUAACCAAGGAGACGCCAGCCAAACAAAUGUUUGGAAGGAAUUAA